GAUUUUUGUGAAAUUUGGACAAAGCGAGAAGAAUUUCUGCCAAUAGUUGGUUUGGUUGUCGUGUUUAUUUUAUUAAUAAGAUGUUUUGUGUGAAAAAAUAAGAAACAUUUUCAAUAAGUGUCUUUGUUAAAUAAAAAUGUUAACAAAUAAAAAACGAAAAUAAUUAAUAUAUCGUAGAAAUUCGCAGGUGUUCUGCUUGUCCCCUGUUCACACUUCGUAUAUAUUUUAAGAACGAACUACGACUCCACCACCUCUACCACCACCACUACGCCAAUUACGACGUUUACUUUAUUUCCACUAAAACUCUACAAAGGCAGGAAAGAAAGAAAGAACACAAAUCACGAGAAAAAUUAAGAUAAAAGGCAAAAGAUUUUUCUGUUUUAUUUUUUCCUAAAAACCAACCAAUCGUGCAGACGUACAUACAUACAUUUAUUAAAAAUUUCUUCGAUCCACACCAUUUUGCAUAUCUAUAAUAAAAUAAUUAUAAAUUAAAAGAAAAAAAAUCAAAAGAACAACAACAAUUAAAUUUAUAUACAUAUAUAUAUACAUGUUCGUAUAUAAGAGUGUGUGUGUGCGUGAGUGAGUGUAUAUAUAAUACAUUUAUUAAAUCAAAUUGCUUAUUCAACAAACAAAAAUAUCGAAAAAGCAACUAAAAGAUAAAAAAAAGAUUACAUCAAGAAGCUACAGAAAAAUAAAAAUAAUCGACUCUUAUUGCAACUGGUUACAAAAAAAGAAAAAAAACAUUUGAAAAAUUAACAUAAGAUCCUCCUUGUGGCCCGAUUACUAACAGUGCCGACGACAGUAGGUAGUAUAUAAAAGCAGCGGCGGCAGCGGCAGCAGGCAAUAUCAUCAGAUAUGCGUGAAUUCAAAGUUGUUGUUUUGGGGUCCGGAGGUGUUGGCAAAUCUGCUCUUACCGUGCAAUUUGUUUCAGGAUGUUUUAUAGAAAAAUAUGAUCCUACAAUAGAAGAUUUCUAUCGCAAAGAAAUUGAGGUUGAUAGUUCACCAUGUGUGCUAGAAAUCCUAGAUACUGCUGGUACAGAACAAUUUGCUUCAAUGAGGGAUCUCUACAUUAAAAAUGGACACGGAUUUAUCGUAAUGUAUUCGUUAACGAACCAUCAAACAUUUCAGGAUAUUUCCAGCAUGAAAAAUGUUAUAACACGCGUUAAAGGAAGUCAACCAGCACCUAUUUUACUAGUCGCUAAUAAAUUAGAUUUAGAUUGCCAAAGAGAAGUUUCGACUGCCGAAGGUAAUGCCCUAGCACAACUCUGGGAAUGUCCAUUCAUAGAAGCGUCUGCUAAGGAUCGUAUUAAUGUCAAUGAAGUAUUUGCUACAAUAGUACGUGAAAUGAAUAUGACCCAGGAUAAAAGACAGAAAAAAAGUUAUUGUUGUUGUGCUCUUUUAUAGAAGGAUUUUGCAAAUAAUUAUUUCAACUAUGCACACACGUACAUAUUAUAAUAUAAAUUAACUAACAAUAAUACUACAAUAAUAUAAAAGAAAGAAAAAGAAAAUGUAUUAAUAUAAUUAUAAUGUUAAUUAAAUGAGGGUCAAAAUUAUAAUAAUUAUUUAAAUUGAUGAAAUGCAUCAUCAAAACCACCACCACCACACCACCAUCAUCAUAUUAUCAUCAAUAUUAUUCAUUCAAUUCAUUAACUGUUUAGCUAAUGAUAAAUAUAUAUUUUGUAUGUCAAAAUGUAAAGCGAAUUUAGCAAACACAAAAACACAUUUAAACACACAUAAAAAAAAAAUAACAAGUUAAAGUAAAAGUAAAAACAAUAAUAAUAAUUUUGAUUUACUUAAACAAGUCUUAAUUUCUUAGACUUAUCCAGCAAAUAAAAUAAAACAAUAACAACACUCAGUCAUAUACAAUGCUGCAUUGAAAGUUAAAAACUUAAAAAAGAAAAAAAUGUUUACAUUCAUUAACAAUGAACGAAAGAAAGAAAAGAAAGAUGGAUGUCUAUUGAAAAUGCAUUCCCCUCAUUUAUGUUAAAAUGUAAGUUUAAAAUGGAAAGAAACAAACAAAUCACAAGAAUCAUUUAAAAGCAUUUUUAACCCUGAUAUGCUGUUUACUAACAUUUUUAUUUUUCUUUGAAUAUAAGUCGGCAAUAUUAUUAUUAUCCUUUUACAUGAACCCAAUUAAUAAAUGUAGCACUAAAUACAUCCAAUAUAAAACUAUCCAAAUAUUUCCUAUGCAACUCUUAACUUUCUGAUUUCGGAAAUUUUCAAUUAUUUUUUUAAUUUUGUUUCUGAUCCAUUGAAUCGCUAUGUUUUUUGUCACUUGCUAAUUUUGUGGAAAAUUCAUAAAGAGAUUUUAAACAGUAAGUUUGAAUUGAAAACUUUCCAUAUUGACUCUAAACACUAAAAGCAUACACUUGGAUAUGGAAAUAAAAAAAAAAAACAAGAAAUGUUAACAAAUAUAAAUAAUUGAUAAUUUCUCUAAUUCUGCAGAGAUCUUAAUUUUUCCAUUUUAUAUAUUUUUUUUUUUAAUUGGAAAUAUCGAUUAAACAAUUGUUAUAGUUCCCAACUUUUUCCUAUACCAUUUAAAUGGGCAUUUCUGAUUUUUUUUUAGUUAUGAAAAAUAUUAAAAUUUCUUUAUUUGUUAUUUCGUUUUUUAAUUUUAAGAUUGUAUUUUUUUUUUUUUUUUGUUUAACUGUCUGCUAGAAACGAAAUUAAUUAAUAUUUUUAAAAAUUAAACAAAUAUUGUUUACUUCUUUUUAAUUUUUAAAGAGAUAGAUCAACCAACGUAUUUGAUUGUCUCUUAAAGACACAUUUAUACACAUACAUAUAUCUAAUAAUUCUAAUAUAAAUAUUAUAAAAAAAAACAACCAGAAGAAGAGAAGAUGAUUAAGAAAAGAAAAAAAAACAAAACAAAAAAAAAACACAUAAACACUCUUAAGUAUUGAACAGUUUAUAAUGAUUUUUAAAUUACCAAUUUUAUUAACGUCUCUUAAUGUAAGUCUCUUGAGAAUAAUAAUGUAACAUAUUUUUGUAAAAUAUCUGUAAAGAAAAACUAAAAAGAAAACGAAAAAAAAAGAAAAGAAAAACAAGUAAUAUUAUUCCUAAAACAUCUUUAGGAUAUACAUAUUAAAAAAAAAAAAAAAAAAUUAAUAUGCAGGAUUUUUUAAUUUUUAUAUGCAUGUAUGUAUGUCAUUUAUAUGAAGAAAGAAAGAAAGAACUAAAAAGAAGAAAGUAUGAAAAAUAUAUAACAUCAUUUAUAAUUGUAAAAUACUAUAAAUCUUGCAAAGUUUUUGACACAAAUUUCUAAAAAUAUGCCAUAAUAAACUAAAUAUUUGUGUAAUUUUGAUAUGUGAGUUGCAUAAAUAUAAAAUUUAUAUACACAGAAGACAUCCCCACUUUUAUACUACUUAUUAAAGUAAAACAAUUAAAAAACAAACAAAAAAAAAAAAAAAAAAAGAAUGAAAAUACUUAUACAACAA